UUGUUGUUACGUGUUUUAGAUCCUAUCUUUUUAAUCAAAGUUCGGUGAGGCUGACAGGAAUGUUUGAGAGGAAGCGAAAGUCUUUCUGCAGAGCAUCUUCAGGUGCUGUUAGCGCAUCAGCAAAUCAACCCGUGUGCACAAGGACCGUGAGUGGAAAUGGUGGGAGAAAUCUGGAGCUUCCUUGCUGGAUCGCGACCAAACAUGGUAAAUUACCUGUUGGCAGGGAAGGGGCGCUGUCCACGCGGGCAAAGUGACGCGCGCUCGAUUAAAAGAGAGAAAAAGCAAACAAAGCAGGAGGAAGGGAAGAUGGAGGAAGCAGAAGAGGAUGACAUGGCAUGCGGAGACUUGGGAAACGGACUGGGGAGAAGACCUGGAGCUGCAUACGAAGGGGAAAAUGCACAAAACUAUUCGUUUAGAUCCAGGAAGGGAUCUGGAAAGGCUUGCAAUAGUUUCUUGUCAACGAAGAGAGUGGAGGAAAAUGAAGCUGCUCUUCCCUGCUCCAAGCGAAACAGCUUUUACGAUGGAUCAUCCAAAAACCCUGUUACUAGUUUGACCCAACAAAAGAGCUCCGUAUCUCAUAUUCUAGUAUCUCCUAUCAAUUUUACAAAAUCCAGUACUGAAAUGUCAAAUGAAGAACUGAAGCAACAACUUCGAGAAGCUCUAGAGGAAAUUGAAAUUUUGAAAGUUGAGCUUGAAGCUUCUCAAAGACAGCUUGAAGGAAAAGAUGAAGCCCUAAGAAUUCUGCAGAGCAUGGCAGUAUUUAAUAAAGCCACUAGUCAUACAAAAGCAAUGCUUCAAAAAACUGAGGAAGAAAAGAGAACUUUAGAAAAGGAAAUAAACAUUUUGCAAUGGGAAAUUGAAUUUGAUCAGGAUAGAUUUAAAAACAUAGAAGAUACAUGGACAGAAAAAUAUGACAGGAUAUAUUGUGAAAACGCAGCUCUUAAGGAAGCAUUGAAACUGAGAACUGAGGAAGUUAAAACGCUUAAGUCUGAAAAUGCAAUCCUGAAUCAGCAGUGCUUGGAAUUUCUUGCGAUGCUGGAUGUGAACAAACAGAAGGUUGUUCAGGAAAACAUGUCCCUGAAUAGAAGCAACAUCACAGAUAUUACCGGUCUCGAACUGGCAGUUCUUGGAGCCUGCACCUGCAAUACUUCUGGGGGUCAACCUUGUUCCUGUGCUAAAAUGGCAGCUGUCACUCGAAAACAACUUCUUCAUCUCAAGCAAGAGAUCGAACUUCUGAAGAAGAGUAAAGAUGAAGCUUAUAUAAUGGCAGAUGCCUUCAGAAUUGCAUUCGAACAGCAGUUAAUGCAGCGAAAGGACCAAGCUCUGAGACUUGCAGAAGUGAUAAAGAUUAAAAAGGAAACAAAAUUUAUAAACUGGAAACGUCUGAAAGAGGAUGGGUCUGUCAAGUUACAAGGGAACAAUAAUCUCGGACAGAAAUUAUCAAGCCUGCUCUCAUCAGACGUGGACAGCAGGAAAGUUGAAGAACUAGACAACCCUCAUGAAAUCCUGAAGAUAUUAAUAGAUUUGAUAAAUGACAAAGAGGAGGCCUUGGCUCAUCAGAGAAAGGUUAGUUACAUGCUAGCCCGUGCGAUGGAGCUUAAAGAGAAGGCCUGGGCAGAAGAUACAGAAGGCCACCAAGGCAAAGCUGUGCAGCCCCUGGGGCCCUCGGGGCCCUGACGCGUGGG